AUGAAUACUGUUGAGGAGAUUCCUCUGAAACCACCAGCCCUGUUUUCCUCCAAGAGUAUUAGACAACCUCCAGAUCAUUUAAGCCGCACACUGACUUACCGAAGACUACCGCGCUUUCAAGAUCCAAAUCCAAAGCAGGAGAUUACUUCAGACACUGAGAUUCUUUGGCAAAAUGCAAUUAGCAAAAAGAAUGAAGAUGAUACAAGAACCAAUCUCACUGAUCCAGAUUAUGCGACGAAGGCGCCCGUGACCUGUGCCUUCAAUACUAGACAGCAACAACAAUAUCAACCGAAUAAUGACGACGUUUCUCCCCAAGGAAUAGAUAAUAAAAAUGGAAAGGAGACACGAUAUGUGAAGCAAGGCAAUGCGAAGGCCGACUGGUGGCUUCAGGCACGCUCCAGACUAAACCGCCAGUUUGAUAUCGAAACAGAUCGAAAAUUGACGUUUACGGAUCAUAAAUUCGCAUUCCAGUCCAAGACAACUGCGGAACUCUUGCGUGCAUCGCUAUGUUUCAACUUGUUCAGCAUCAAAUACCUUGUGGAGAACAACGAAAAAAUCAUGGCCGUGAUGUCAAAAGUUCUCGGAGAAAAGGCCUUUCAUGCGCUUAUGAAGGCGACUGUCUACGGUCAAUUUGUCGCUGGCGAGGACAAGGACAAAAUCAAGGGCUGCGUUGAGCGGCUUACUGGUGCCGGCGUCGGAAGCAUUCUGGAUUACGCAGUCGAGGAAGAUAUAGAUGAGGACGAAGCUGUCGAACUCGAAAUGGACUCUUGUUUGUCAACGGAAGAACACUUGGCGGAGAUUGGUGAUCUUCCCAGCCAGAGUUUUGACAAAAAUCAAGAUGACAAGCUAAAGUUUAGAACCCCGAGCCAGUAUAAUGACUAUGAAAUGUAUCGAGCUCAUAAAGAAUUCGCAGAUCGUCGAAUGGGAGUAACAUCUGCCCGAACUUACUUUUACAAAGACGAGGAAAAGUGUGACAAGUACAUGGAGCAUUUUCUAUACUGCAUCAAUGCUGCUGGUGGUGCUUCCGACCACGGCUUUGCCGCGAUCAAGCUCACUGCCCUUGGACGACCGCAGUUUCUUUUACAGUUUUCUGACGCCCUCGUCUCCUCCCGGCAACUGUUUGAAGAGCUAGCGGGAGCAACAAAGGAUAUAAACGCGCAGAAAUCAGUUCUUGAGCUUGGAUUCGACGAGUCUCGAUUCAUUGACAAAGCAGGACGAAUGGGACUGGCACGUUCUAGAGGCGACUUGCUGGAAACGUUCACUUUCAUGCGGGAGGAAGCCGAUUCUGAAUGGAUCGACUUGCUCGACUGGAAUAAUCUCAUGGACAGAAACAAGUCCUUCGGCGAUAUUUUUGUAAUUGACAACAACGGCGAAACCGUGAGACUGAUGAAAGAUCUGACUACGGAUGAAGAGGACCAAAUGAAGAGAAUGUUGGAGAGAAUCAACACUCUUGCUUCAGAAGCCAAGCGCCAGGGUGUUCGCCUGAUGAUCGAUGCCGAACAGACCUACUUUCAACCUGCGAUCUCAAGAAUUGCCGUUGAAUGUAUGCGAGAGUUCAACAACGACAACCCGGUUAUUUUUAAUACCUAUCAGUGCUACCUGAAACAGGCCUUCAAAAACUUCGUCAUUGAUUUGGAACAGGCUCGUCGAGAAGGUUUCCACUUUGGUGCAAAGAUCGUCCGUGGUGCUUACAUGGAGCAAGAACGAAUUCGUGCUGACAAACUCGGCUACGAGGAUCCCAUUCACGUUGAUUACGAAGCGACGUCUCGCUGCUACCACAGGACGAUGGAUGUAGGGCUCGAAUACAUCCACAGUCACGGAGACGCAAACAUCAUGAUCGCUUCUCACAAUAUUGACAUAUGCCAUUUCCCGAAUGGAAUCGCUCGACAUUUCCCGCUCAGAGGGAAAAGUAUUUUCGGACAACUUCUGGGCAUGUGCGAUCAGCUUACUUUCCCACUCGGCCAAGCUGGCUAUCCUGCUUACAAGUAUGUCCCGUUCGGCCCUGUCGCUGACGUACUGCCCUAUUUAUCCAGAAGAGCGAAAGAAAACUCCGCGAUUAUGGAAGGAGCAAAGGCGGAAAAGCAAAUCAUCCAUCGCGAACUCUUCCGACGAUUGCGCACAUUUCAAUUAUAA